UCUUGGCUCUAAGUUCCAAUUGCUCUUAGUAAAAGAAAUUCACACAAAUGGUUAAAUGUUCGGCUGGGAUGAGGUUGAAACUUAUUGCGUUUUUUUUUACUAGUUAUUGGUUCAGUCGCGUAACAUGAAAUAAUUAAACAUUCAGGGUGGCGUGAUCCAAGGUUCUUUGCUCGCCAUUGACCACAUGGGCAAACACAAGGGCGGCAAAGGCGGCGUGAUAGCGAAUGUCGCGUCGAUUGCGGGUCUACUUGUCUUGCACAAGAGCCCGGUAUAUUGUUCUACUAAACAUGCAGUCGUUGGAUUCAGUCGUUGCUUGCAGGAUAACUACGGUCAAACCGGCGUUCGUGCCCUCGUGUUGUGUCCUGGCUUCACCGACACGUCGAUCCUGAAAAAUAUAAGUCAAAAAGGGCUUGAUUUCAUCGAUAAUGAUGCAAACAAGACAUUUUAUGAUUACACGUUGCAGUCGGCCGACCACGUGGGAAAGGCCAUGGUGGGUCUGAUUCAGAAAGGAGGAAACGCUGGUAUUUGGGUCGUCGAGAAUGCAGAACCACCCUACGCCGUUGAAAUUCCUCCUGCCAAGCGGGUGGACAUACCUCAGUGAAAACAAAUGUACCGUUUAAUAUCUCGAUUAUAAAACUUUAACUGUGCUAUUGGUGAAUCGAUCUCUAUUUUACACAUUUGUCAUACAAGGUACCUUGUAACUCCGUUAUUUU